AUGCCUAAAUAUUUAGAUAUUGUAAUCACUCUUUGCUCCAAAUGCCUGCCUAAAUAUUUAGAUAUUGUAAUCCCUCUUUGCUCCGAAUGCCUGCCUAAAUAUUUAGAUAUUAACCUCCCUCUUUGCUCCAAAUGCCUGCCUAAAUAUUUAGAUAUUGUAAUCACUUUUUCUUCCAAAUGCCUGCCUAAAUAUUUACACUUUGCAAUCCAUCUUUGCUCCAAAUGCCUGCCUAAAUAUUUAGAUAUUGUAAUCCCUCUUUGCUCCAAAUGCCUGCCUAAAUAUUUAGAUAUUGUAAUCACUUUUUCCUCCAAAUGCCUGCCUAAAUAUUUACACUUUGCAAUCCAUCUUUGCUCCAAAGGCCUGCCUAAAUAUUUAGAUAUUGUAAUCACUCUUUGCUCCAAAUGCCUGCCUAAAUAUUUACACUUUGCAAUCCACCUUUGCUCCAAAUGCCUGCCUAAAUAUUUAGAUAUUGUAAUCACUCUUUGCUCCAAAUGCCUGCCUAAAUAUUUAGAUAUUGUAAUCCCUCUUUGCUCCAAAUGCCUGCCUAAAUAUUUAGAUAUUGUAAUCACUUUUUCCUCCAAAUGCCUGCCUAAAUAUUUACACUUUGCAAUCCAUCUUUGCUCCAAAUGCCUGCCUAAACAUUUAGAUAUUGUAAUCACUUCUUCCUCCAAAUGCCUGCCUAAAUAUUUAGAUAUUGUAAUCACUUUUUCCUCCCUGCCUAAAUAUUUGGAAUUGCCCAUCUUUGCUCCAAAUAAAUUUUAG